AUGAAUGAACCCAUUCAUGACCCAACACCUAUUGAAAUUGAAACUCUCAAAGGAUUAUUUUUAGAAACAGGGCUAAACCCUGAAGCAAAUCUGGAAUUAAAAAGAAUCGCAAGCCAAGAUCAAAUUCAAUUUUUUUAUUCAACUUCAAAAAUCAUCUCGUCACUCCCAAUUCCUAAAAACGAUGAAAACUCUGAUUCAAAUGAAUACCGUAUCUUUAAAAUCGCAAUUUCAUUGAUCACAAGUUGUCUCAAACCAUUUCAGAAUUAUGAUAGAGAUAUAGAUCAAGAAUAUCUUAAUAGAGUCGUUUCUUCUAUUCAUAAUAACAUUUGUAUCACAUUUUAUAACAUUUUAGGGUGCCCAAUAGAUGAAAUUCGAUCUCAAGCAGCUGUUAUUGCUUCACAACUUAUAAGAAUUGACUUAAAGCAAAAAAGGGAAGCAAAAUUUGGAUUUUCUCAAAAACUUAUGGAUGAUUUUAAAAACACCAAUGAUAAUUUUAUUAAGUUAGGAGAUCUCGAAACUUUUAUAUUAUGCAUCGAAGAAGAUACAAUUAAUAAAAAAAUUAGAGAAUAUCGAAUUUUCGUCAUGAAUUUGUAUGAAAUUACUCCCAUUAUUUUUAAUUCAAAUAUUUCUAAGAAAAACAAGAUCAUUUGCUUAAAAACUUUUCAUCUUUUGUUCACAAAAAUUAAAUUUGAAAGAGUCAAAAAAGACCUAGCAUUUAACUGCUUGACUUUAUUAUUAAAAGAAUUCACAGCAAAGCCAGAUUCUAUAGAAUUUUACACAUCAUUGUGUUCAGCUACCAAAGCUAUAAUCUGUUAUUUGAUUCCAUUUAUGACACAAGACAUAUUUGAUCAAUUACUCGAAGUAAUUAGUUUGAAUUAUCUUGAUGGGGAAACAGAUUUGCAGUUCCUCGCAAUGCGAAUCAAAAUUUGGAAAGCUAUUAUAAAAACCGAAAAAGAAAUACGACAAUCUAAUUUUUUGCAGCAAAUUGCCACUAAUCUUUGCGAUGGCCUUCUUGAAACGAUUUGUGCCGGAGAUUAUUCCAAUUGUGCUAAUGUUGACACUUAUUUGGCACAGUAUGAAGCUCUGAAAGCUCUAAAAAUUCUUGGAGAGAUGAUUCCAGAAUAUUUGGUUAGUAAAGCUUUCGAAAUUUACUCAGAAGUUAGUACAGAAAAUUCUAACCAAGUUGUUUUAUCCAUGUGUAUAUUGCAAGUUUUGAUUCAAAUAAAUGAAAUUAGUGCACACGAAAUUAAAAGGCAUAUGGAUCAAGUUUUUGAAAUUUGUCAGAAUCCAAAUAUAGAUGCAAAUACAAAAAAUGCAUGUCUUAAUGUAAUGCAUUCAUUUAUCGAAUGCAGAUUAAAUGACGAUGAAAACAAAGUUGAAAUAAUCGAAAAACUGUUUGCAACAUUCGAUAUCUUAUUCCAAUCUGGAAAUAUCCAAUUAUACUCUAGUAUUUUCAAAAUAUUGGUGGUUUUCUUCGGAGUUUUCAAGCAUCUUGACUAUGAUUCUUAUGUGCAAGUGCAUGCAUCUAAAUUAUACGAAAAAAUUGAACAGUAUUUGACAAUUUCUCAACACACAAACAAUGUGGAAUUAAUUAUAGCUGGAUACAAAUCUUUGUACGAUUUUGUAAAAACUUUAAACUUUUCGGACUUCAUUAUGCGUAUAUACUCGAUUUACGCACAGAAGUUUCAAGAACAUGCUCAGCAGUUUAUUCAAACUAGAGGAAUAUCAGGAGAAACAGGAAUUUUUGAAGGAAUUUCUCUUGUUCUGAGAGCAAUCUCAGUUAAAAUGAUCCUCAAAGUUGAAAAUGAAGUUUUCAUUGAUAUUAUAGAAAUAAUAUUCCAAACACUUGAAGUUUCGCUAGAACCUUACUUGAUUAAUCUUUUAGCUCAGCUAGUUGCAUGUUUGGGACCGGCUUCAUCAAAUUAUGACGAAAAAAUAUGUCAGAUCUACAAUUCCUGUAUGGAAACAAACAACCUUUUAAUCAUUUGUAGCUGUUGCAACCUUAUUUCCAUUACAUUCGAAGAAGCUAACCAGCAAACCAAUUAUUUGAGAACUGUAGCUAUAAAUAUUUGGGAUUCGCUUUAUUCCUUCUUCACAAGCAACUAUCCUGGAGACUUAGAAACAGAUUAUUUCAACUUGAUCUUACAUGGCCUUACAAGCAUGAUUUCAUUUUUGCCACCCCAAUAUUUUGUUGAAAAGAGAGAUAAUUUCUUCAAUUCACUUGACUCGAUCACAAGAAAUAUCCCUAGGUUCAAGAAAAUUGACUUCGGCGAUGAUGAUUAUUUGGUAACUUUGGCACUUCUUUUCCAAGGUUACGGCAAAGUUAUUGAGAUGUACAGAGAAGAUGAACAUUCAUUAAUAAUGGAUCGAAAUAGACAAAAUGAGAGCUUUCUUUAUGCAAAUCGCCAAAGAUAUACAACUUUAUUCAAAAUUGCUGAUGAAAACUUUGAUUACAACAGUUCAAAAAAUGCUGAUAAUAUGGUUGCUGCUUUCUUAAUAUUCUUGGAUGUAUUGAUCAAAGGAAUUGGCCAAUCAAUUUCGCUGGAACUCAACGCCAAAUGGGUUAGGAAAUUGUUUGAUUUUGCAAGCAGUUCUACAAAUCGCUUUAUCAAUAAUCAAGCAUAUCAUAUGAGAGAGAGAUAUUUAAACUUAUAG